CUGAAUCUGGCAUCGUGCGCUGUAGCAUCGUCUUUUACGUCUUUCUCCCCUAUUUUCCAAAUUUGUCAUUUGUCUUGUGGUGUUGAAUUAAUAUAUUCCGUGUCUGAGGAGGAUUGAUUGACAAUCGUGCGAUUCUUCUUUUUAAAAAAGGUAUUCGUUAAAUCUUUUGCUUGAUUUAAAAUCUCUUCCUGGAGAUAAAAUAGUUGCACUAUUAUUGUAUUAAUUCUGCCGGUUAAAAAAUGGAUUGAUUUUCCAGACAAACAGAAUUUCAGGUAAACUGUUACCAUAAUGCCAAAGCAUAAGUUAGAAGAUUGUUCUGGGGAUGAAGCCAAAGAGACUUUCUCUGAUGACUGCUGCUUGGACAGCUUUCCCAGCAGCAGUGAUGCUGAUAAAGAUGAUACUAGCGACAGUAGUCUUAAAUCUGAGUUGAGUUCUGAAGUUCCUAGUACAAAUACUGGUCAAGUUGCUGAGGAUACAUCUGAUACUGAAGAACCUCCACGCAAGAAAGUGAAAAAGAAAAAUGUCUGCUUUGCAAAUGUAACAGUAUACUAUUUUCCAAGAACACAAGGUUUUACUUGUGUUCCAAGUCAGGGAGGAUCCACUCUAGGAAUGGAUCAGAAACAUAGUCAAAUGAAAAUGUUUUCACUUCUUGAGCAUGCUGAAGAGCAAAAAAGAGUUCAUCGAGAAUUAAUUAAUCAUCAGCGUAGACUAGCAAAGUAUCAAUCAUCUACAUCUGAUUCUGAUGAUAGUGAAGAUAUUAGCGACGUCUCUGAUUCAGAAUUAGAAGCUGAUAGUUGUUAUUUUUUGCAGCCUGUUCCUAUUCGACAAAGAAGAGCUCUUCUUCGUGCUUCAGGUGUACAAAAAAUAGAUUCAUUUGAAAAAGAAGAAUGUCGCGACAUCCGUUCAUCACGAGAGUUUUGUGGUUGUGAAUGCAAGAUUUAUUGUGAUCCUGACCAUUGCACUUGCAGCCAAGCAGGAAUCAAGUGUCAAGUUGACCGUUUCUCCUUUCCCUGUGGUUGCAGUCGUGAUGGAUGUGGGAAUGUUGCAGGUAGAAUCGAAUUCAACCCCUUAAGGGUACGCACUCAUUUCAUUCAUACUUUGAUGAGGCUCGAGUUAGAGAAGAAGCAAGAACAACAAUUGAUGUUGAAAUCUGAAAGUAACAAUUUUUCUGUUUCAUCUUUGUCAUCUUGUGAUACUUGUGGUUCUCUGUCUUCAGCCUCAACUGCUUUUACGUCAUGUGUUCCAGCUCCAUCAUCAUAUUUAACAAUGACUUCUACCUCUUCCACUGACUCUAAUAAUUGCAUUGUUAAUAGUCCUUUGAAGGAGCAGGUAUCAGCAUUUAUGGCCAUCAGCGAAUCUGAUAAGAAAAAUUCUGGUGAUAUGUACGCUUCACCUUUCAGUCCACAAGAAAGCUCCUACUCAGAAAAUUCUGAUUACUCCAGUGAUGAUAUUGAUUCUGAUAUGGAUACUUCAAACUCAUCGCAUCAGAGGACUGUUCUUCAGCCAUCUUUAAGUGAAGGUUCUGCACAAACAACUGACACUUCAGCCAAAUAUUUAAAUCAUUUUAACAAAUCAUGCAGUCCAAAUAAUGAUCUUAACUUAAGGUGUUAUUUUUCAGCACAAGAGAGUACAUUUUCUACUUUGGUGCAAUCUGAUAAUCAUUUCUGUAAUGGCAACUCAAAUACUCAGUUUUCUAAUAACAAUUCAAUCUCACCCCUAGAAAGGAAUGGUUUUAGAGAAACUAUGGCGAGGCAGGGAGAUUUUAACGAACAGCACGAACAUUCAUUAAUGAAAGAACAGUCACAAAACUAUCAUUCUGUUUCUUCGAAAACAGCAGAUACUGUUGUAGAGGAGGAACAGUGUUAUACUGAUUUAAGUUCUGUUAUACCUGGGUCCAAAAUGGAGUUGUUUAAUGGAUUGCUCAGCUCCAAAGUUCAAGACGUAACUGCCAUAAAGCCUGUUAAUUUAGAAACAGAAAAAGUUUUUAACUCUUUAGAAACAUGCCCAAUUGCUUUAGGAAGGGAGCCACAUAAGUGUUGCAUUUCUCAACGCAUGGAAAAUGAGAGAAAUGAUGAACCUGGUGAAAAUUUAGGUGAGAUAAUCAAGAAAACAAUUGUUGAAACAGUUUCGGCAUGAUGGUGACUGGACUUAGUUUCAAAAUUUUUUAAUUUGACAGGUUUUAAAAUUUUUGUAUUGCUUUGUUUCUUAUUAGCAUGUUAUUUGAAAGGCUACAAAAAUGAAUUCUAAAUGCUAUUCCAAAAUAUAAUAUCAAUUUAUAUCUUUGUAACAUCUCUCGAAUAGCUAAAAAUUCAACUUUGUGUGCUCCUUUAAAAUUAAUUUUUUUUACAGUAUUUUUGUUGCAAACCUUUUUGUGUUAAAAAAUCAUGAAUAUUUACAGAUGUUUUAAAGUUGCACAUUUUUUUAAAAAAAUUUGUUGUUGUUGCACAUUUUUGUUUUCUGUUGAAUUUGUUUAAAUUGUUAAAAACCAGUUUGAAAAAACACCAUGAAUUAAAUUUAUGUAAAAUUUAGACAAAAAUUAGGUAGUGUUACAUGUUUUUAACACGCAAAAACACUUGUUCAAAAUUUUGAAUACAUUUUUCCUUAACUGUAUAUAUAAAUAAAAAUGUUUUCGUUGUAGAAUAAGUGCAUGUAAAUUGUGAAUCCAGUCCUAUUAAAUACUUUCCUCUACACAUUUUCCCAGACCAAAUUUUUUAAAGAAUAGGUGCUUUGAAAAAAAAAAUAAAAAAAAACAUUGUCUGGUAGAUUUGCUAUAAAGUGAGAUUACUAAAAUAUCUCUUUACCUAAUAUUUCCCAAUGACAGCUUGAAAAUCAUCCAGUUUCAGAUCGUUGGGUACUAGAUAGUCUAGGAAGUGAAGGCGGUCAGUGCUUAAUUCCCAUCAUAUUAACACUAUCAUGCUGCUAAUCUUCAAAUUGUGCUGUCACAAGAACAAAUACUUUUAAUAAAGCUAUAAUAAAGGUAUUUUAGUGGCUACAUUAAUGCAUAAUGGCUCUUUUUUUGUAGUGCUAUAUACAUAUGCAUACCAUGUUAUUAUAUGGCGUAAGGUUUAACUAUUAUGUUUUAUAACCUACAUUGACCAGCCCUUGAACAGUCCAAUUUCGAGACCAUGACUAUGAAUGUUCAACUCUGCAGCCAUGCAAUUUUGAAAGCAAUCCAGACCACAAGGGAACUCCUAGAUUAAACAUUGAGACAAACAGGCUUUCAUGAAGUAAUUUUUGAUGGAACUAACCUGCUUUUGAAUUACAUAGAGAGAGAAACGACAAAUGCCCUCCACAGUUAGUCCAACGACAAGGGGACUUUUACCCAUGACCAUGGGAUAUUUUAUGUCAGCACUGUGGUCCAGCCAAUGCCAGGAUUCAAACCUGGGAUACUUCACUGGAAUAUGAGUGCUCUAUCCCCAGGGCAAUCACAUCUAAGAUUUACCUAUUUGCCACCACUAAGAUGUUGAUCUCAGAAUUGUGUAGCUUUAAUUUUUGCAACCCCUUGUUCGACUACUGGUUUUUACAGGAAUGCCCAUAAAAUCUUUUUUGUGUAGUGCUAGAUGUUUGCCUGUUGCAACAUAGGACACGCUAUUAAAGUGCUAAGUUAAUUGAAAUAAUAAAGAAAAAUAUGAGUUUAAAAUUAUGAUUUUAUUUAUUUCAUUAUUGGUUAUUAAGUGGUUUCAGUGUGUUGCAAAGCAAAUAUUAAUUAUUUAAAAGGAAAUUUUAAAUCUUCAAAAAUUCCUUUAAUCAUAAAACUUUUCAAGCUUUAAUUAUACAACUUCUUGUGCAAUUGUUGGGACUCUAAAAUGCACUCAGUGAUCAUAGUGAAACAGAGAAACAUCAACAAUGCAUAUUAACCUGUAGAUUUUUUAAAAAGAUUUUUAAUGGUGGGCACUUGGGAUGUAUUGUCCCAUUGGCCAGGAGUGCCAGAACUGCUACUCUCUUCUCGUUACCUAGUGGGCACCUGUGGCGAAGCCCAAUUAACCUAUAGAUAUAAUAAAGAAAUUUGCAUUUAUUUCUAUUCCUAUUUAUCUCUGGUUCAUGUUUUGUGGCAAACAUUGUGCAGGAUCAUAAUUAAUAUUGUGCAACAUGUUAAACAAUCAUAGCAAAACUGUGAUGGAAGAAAUAUUUUAUAUUCCUUGUUAUAGGAAUUCUACCAGACAUCUAACUUGCUUCAGUUUACUAUUUUAUUUUUUUAUUGUUUAUUAUAUUUUAAAAUAAAGAAACUAAAGAUUUAUUAAUUUUUAGAGUUGAGUAUAUUAUGUUAAAUGAUUGAUUUUGAAAGAUGUUAGAAGUUUCUCAUAUGUUUAUUAAUUUCACUUCAUUUUAAUUAAUAAGUUUUUAUUUAGGAGAAAUUUUUAUAUGAAAAAAUAUUUUUAUUAUUUUUCUAAAUACUUAUUUUUUUUUAUUUUAUUCACCAAGCCCUAAUAGAUAGUCUCUAAAACUAAAUAUUCUAUACAAUUUUGUAGAUUUUCAUUUAUUUUAAACGAAUAACUAACUACUUUAUAAAAUAUAUAUUUUACAUUUAAACUGUGUAAGAUCUAAUUAUUGUGUCAAAUUUUUUAAACAUUUAUUUUACGACACUGAAUUUUAAAAGCUAUUAUAAUUUUCAAAGCAAAACCUUAUAAGCUAGCAUUAUAAAACUUUUUUUUAGAUUGUUUUUGUUCUAGCUUGUUAAUAUUUGUUCAUUUGCCUGCAUUUUAAAUUGUUUUUAUGAAUUAUUGGUUGUGUAUUUUUAUUGUGAUUCUUGAAUAUCAAUUGUUUUAUUAGUUUUUGUGAUUUUCCAAAGAAAUUUACUUUUUUUCUGAAAUUAAGUGGAGGUCAAAUUUGGCAAUCUUUUUUUGCAUGCAUUUUCAUCUGACUUGCUAACAGACAUUAAAUAAUAGUCAGUCUAAAAGCUAUGAACUACAAGGAAAAAUUUAAUCCGCACAAUAUAUUAUUGUUUCAAAUUUUCAAUCUCAAGAAUGGUUGAACACUACAGUAAAAUAUUUUUAAUUGACCAAGAACAUUUUUCAAACAGUCUUAAGUUGAAGUAUUUUUUAUUAUUAUUAAAGAUUGCUUUUUGCAUUGACGCCUGUAUUGGAUGAAAUAAAAAAUGUCUAUCACAGGCCAAAGCUGUCUUAGUCAGUCAGCUGCUCUACUACGUACAACAUCCAGACUAAUAUCUAAGUUGUCUGCAAAUAAUAAAUAAGUUUUCUAAUAAUUUGAAUAUUUGCUCAUGACGCUGUUUCUGAAAAGUAGUUUAAAACAGGUAGUAUAUUUUAAAAGAAAAAAAAAAGCUUUUUACCAUUCAUGUCGAAAACUAAGGAAGAAAUUUUUUUAAAGACAAAUACUGUGGUGUUCUACUUUUAGCUUAGCAUAAUCACUUACCCCAAUUUUUCUAAAAGAAUCUCUCAGAUUUGAUGUCUGUAAAAUUUUUUAUUCAUUCUUUAAAUAUAAGAAAUAUUAAAAAUAGUUUUGUCUGUGUAUAUCCUAAUAUUUAUUUAUUAAUAAAGGUGCUAAUUUGCUAGCUGUACCUCUUA